CUCUUCGCAUGAUGUAGGCUUGCUUGAUAGAAUUCAGCAUUGAAAUGGCUGUGCUCUUAGCUUUUUGAUAAAUUUUCCUAUGACUACACAUACACGAUUUGAGUUUCUCGUGAGAGAAGUUUAAUAAGCCGGUGAUUGCGAAGUAACCACCAUAUUUCGAAAGAGGGAAAUCAAAUCUACAGUAACUUUUUGUGGAACAGCAUAAAGAUGGACAAAAUACCAGUGGUAAAAGCCUUCCUCACUGGAUAUGCUGUGGCGGUUUUUCUUUCAAGCACGAAUCACUUGGCUGAAUCCAUUGAAUUUUAUUUUGAGUGCCUCGUAUUAUGGAAUCAACUAUCAAUGAGUGAACAGUAUUCUGCAGUGAUACUGAUCGAACGUUUAUUACGACAAAAGGUUAAGGAAGGAGUACAAUUCCUCGUGGUACGUGGUCUUAAAUUUUAUGAUCUCGGACAAAUCAAAGAAUCAAUCACCUGCCUAGAAAAGGCAUUGUACUUCUACGAGAAAACUGGUUCCAGAUUGAACGAGGCAUGGUGUCACUGCCACUUGGGUAGAUCGCUUUACAUUGCGUGUCAGUAUGAAAGAGCUAUGGAACAUUAUCAAAGGGCUCUUGGUAUUAGCGAAAUAUCAAGAUAUGAAAAACAAAAUCUCAAGGGAAAGGUUUAUAACAACAUUGGUGAGGUAUAUAAUGCUCUUGGAAGUUAUGAAGAGGCUCGUCAAUAUUAUGAGGAAGCAUUUAGAAUAAAUAAGGAAAUUGGAAAUGAGCCAGAGCAAGCGAUAUACUACAACAACAUGGGAGUAAUGAAUCAUAACUUCCUGGGAAAUCUUGAUGUAGCACUUUCUUUCCAUGAAAAAGCUCUUGAGAUUCGUAAAAGACUCAGAAACAAAAAACCGGAAGGAACAUCAUAUAACAAUAUUGGUGGAGUGUACGAGGCUCGUGGUGACUACAAAAAGGCAUUGGAAUAUUACGAAAAAAGCCUUGAACUUGGUGUACAAAUUCAAGACAGAGUCGUGGAGGCAACUAAUCUGUAUUUUAUUGGAAAGGUUUACAUGAAACUCGGUCAGUUUCAAAAAGCCAUCGAAUAUCUUGAGAGAGCCCUUCAACUCAAAUCAGAAGCAGGUGUCAAAAAGGCUGGAGUUCUCACUGACCUUGGAUAUCUAUUUAUGUCCCUUGGUGAUUAUGGGAAAGCAAGUUUGUAUCACGAAGAAGCCAUAAAAUUGUGCGAAGAUUUAGGGGAUCUCCAAGUCAUGGGAAAAUGCUAUAGCAAUGCAUCCAAGCUAUUCCAGAAUCUUGGUGAAUAUGAGAAAGCCAAGAGCUAUUUAAAAAAGACUAUCGAUGUUGACGAAAAAACUGAAAACAAAGUGGACCUUGCCAGCACCUACAACAAUAUCAGCACUUUUUAUAUAUCUGAUGGUCAAUACCGUGAAGCACGCGAAUGUUUAGAGAAAGCCCUAGAGAUCAGUAGAGAAACCCAACACAUACGAAUAGAGAUAGGAGCCUUAAACGGUAUGGGGAGCUUGAAGUUUUCGCUUGGAAAAUAUGAACAAGCUAUUGAGUACGCCGAGGAAGCACUUAAAAUCGCAAAAGAGAUUGGUGAAAAACUAAGCGAAGGGUUUUGUUACCUUCUCCUUGGUGAUGUAUAUUUUGCUCAAGGUCACAACGAGAAGGCGAUCUUGUAUAAGAGCAAAGCACUUGAGAUGAUGAAGGAAACUGGAAAGAAAGAUCAAUCGCAAAUCGAUGUUCUUUAUGAUUUAGGCCAUGCAUAUUCCUCUCAGAGAAACUUCUCAAAGGCCCGUGAAACCUUGCUUGAAAGCAUAAAAAACCACCAAAGUACUCGAUCUUCCCUUAACGAUGAAACCGACAAGAUUUCAUUGGAUGGUAGGAAUUGUUCUUGUUAUGAAUCUCUUUCGUGGCUUCUUCUUCGCGAGACGAAUUUCAACCAAGCUCUUUUUACUCUAGAGCUCGGACGAAGUCGCGCUCUUGUUGAUCUAAUGUCGUAGAAGUACGGAAUAAAAAGGACUCCCGGCCUAAAUGAAGUAACUCUAAAUGCUUUUCAGGACUUUUUUAAAGAGCAGCAAAGAAACUUUCUCUUUAUAGCAGCAUUUGAAAUGAAAAUUUUCGCCCUGUGGUUCGUUGACAAAGGCGUAAGUGUAAAAUUCAGACUGGUUAAUGUAGACUUGGAAACAGAGCUAUCCAAAGAAAGUAGUGCUACUGAAGAGCCUGGGAUGGAUACAUCUUCAUCAACUUUGGAUGACAUUCAAUGCGAGGAUCGUUCAUUGGCCUCACUGUAUGAAAAUGAUCCAUUUGCUCCACUGGAACAAAAGUUAAAACCAAACAAAGGUUCCGUGCAAAAGCUUGGGAUAAAACAAAUCGGAGGAAAGUCAUAUCGUAUCUUUUCUUGCAUGUUCAAGUCGUACGCUGCCUUCAUUGCUCCCAUUUUUGACCUCAUAGACAGCUCGGAGAUCAUCAUAUCCAUAGAAUCUGGCUAUUUCUUGACACCUUUUGCAUCAUUAAAGGAUGACAAUGGAAAGUACCUUUCUGAAACUUUGAGGGUCCGCCUCAUCCCAUCACUAACGACACUGAAGCUCAUUCAUGACUCGCCAGCCAGCUAUCACUCUCAAAGUGGAGCUUUGAUCGUCGGAGAUCCAGCUGUUGGCCCAAUAGAGAUCAAUGGAUGUGUUAAGACUCUGGAUCCAUUGCCUAAAGCCAGAGAGGAAGCUCAGAUGGUGUCAAGGUUGGUGGGAGUGCCUUGUUUGAUAGGAGAGGAGGCAACAAAGGAGGAUGUCUUGAGAAGAAUCCAAGAAGUGAGCUUAGUGCACAUCGCUGCCCAUGGCGAUGAAGACACCGGGGAAAUAGCUCUUGCUCCCAACAAGUCUGUCGUUGGAGUUUCCAAGAAGGAAGACUUCUUACUGACAAUGAACGACGUAGCUCAAGUUGGUAUCAGAGCCAAGCUGGUGGUACUCAGCUGUUGUCAUAGUGCUCGUGGUAAGACAUUGAAAGCCGAAGGGAUUGUUGGAAUUGCUCGUGCUUUCCUAGGAUCCGGUGCUCGUUCAGUUCUGAUGUCUCUUUGGGCUGUGGAUGAUGGAGCUACAAAAGCAUUUAUGAACAUAUUCUACAAGUUCUUGAUUCGUGAGAAACUCAGUGCAAGUGAAUCUCUUCACCAGACCAUGAGAAAGAUGAGAGAGUCAGCUCUGUACUCUGAUAGGAAGUACUGGGCUCCGUUUGUCUUAUUUGGUGACGAUGUAACUCUCAACUUUUAGGGUGAUCAUGCAAGAGGACGAACCAGAACAUGAACAUCUCCAAAUCAAGGCCCCUGUGGUACAAUGAUGCGGUACAGCCUUGUGAAAGGACCACUUUGUACAAUACAAUGCUUGGGGGCCCUCGAAGCUGAGUCUACCAUGCCAAGUUGACAUUUUUACUUCAUUUCCUUAGUCUUCUCUCUUCCAUUUUUCUUAGAAUUUAGCCGGAGUAACAUUGAAAGGUGACUUUAUUUGAUGCCUUCCUAACCGUUUUUAACCACUUUACCCCUAAGAGUCUAGCUUUUAAUUUCUCCUCACAAUAUCACCCAUGAAUCACACAGUAAGGUCGAACCUCGUUCCCAGGGUCUCUCAUCUUCCUGCCCCUUGGAGCGAGAGAGAACAGACCUGGGGGCGGGAAGAUGAGAGACCCUUGGAACGAGGUUAAUUAAGGUCGUGAGAAAAAAGAGGAAGGGAUCACCAACUGAAGCUAGAAGCUCUUGAUUGUUAAACCAAUUGUCCUUGUUCGCACAUUAAGAAAUUUGUAGAGAGCAGUGUGGAUGGAGAAUAUCUAUACUGAUGUCAAGGUUUUAAGGGUCAGAAGCUUGAUUCUUUUUAUAUGUAGUUGUAAGGCUUGACCACAAAGGUUCAGAAAUUAUAUAUAAUGUAAUGAUAUCUUUAGCUUUAUUUUAGCUCUAAGACUGAAAACUAAAGGUGAUUUUGACUGGUUAAACGGUAACCAGUCAAGUCGCCCGUGAGUCAUCUCGCCCGGAGUCAUGUCAUGUCGCCCAAAGUCAUGUCAUGUCGCCCCAAGUCAAGUAAUCUCGCCCGAAGUCAUGUCAUGUCGCCCGAAGUCAAGUCAUCUCGCCCGAAGUCAUGUCAUGUCGCCCGAGACCUGAGUCAUGUUUAAGUAACUUGUUACAUUGAGUUGAUCAUAUUAAGUUUAACGGUAUUUUAGCAUUUCUUUGACAUGACCUUUUUUCUGUUAAAAUUUACAUUUUAAUACAGUAAGGUAGUAUCAAAUGAGAAAGUGAACAGUAGAAGUAUAUUUUGAUAUAAAAAGUUAUAAAUUUUCAUUGUCAAAGCUAGGUAGUUUCACACUCAUGGCCGCACACGAUAGAGACCCUCGAAAAUGUAACGAGCCUAGCUUUUUUUUGUCAAUAUUCAGGGUAAAACAUUUUAUUUCAAGGAACAAGAAUUAGGUUGUUGCCAUUUAGUAACGGUAUUUUAACUUCAGUGUGAUACGUGACCAAUAACCAAUUAUUGGUUUCAUUUUCAAAGAGUGAUUGUAGUCUGCAGUGGCCUCAGGUUUGCGACGGUUACAAAUCAAGAAUUUUGAAAGACUAGUAUUAGAUCAAUAUUAGCAUCGAGCAAAUGUGCACCCACUCCUCCCCAAACCUAACAACGAUAAACUGAUUGCAAUAUAUGGUUAAUGUUGGACUAGGGGAGGGGUGGGUGCGCAGUUGCUCAGAUACAAACAUUGACCCCUAUUAUUAUUUUUUUUGAGAAGUGAAUCAAAUGAAAUUCGGAAAGGAAAUUGCGUGAGUACGUUGUUUCCUGUUUUCUGCGUCAUGGGCAUAAGUCGAUGAUAAAAUGCGGUGAAACCACUUUACUGAGAUGUUGAAGAUAAUUUUUUUCAGAUUUAUGGUUGAUUCUAAUAUAAUAAUUUGAACGUAA